GAGAGUCUUGACCAGAGACACACAGUGCCGGCGCGUAGAUUUUUCUGACACACCACCGGUCUCUCUCCGUCACUUUUUGGACGUGUCUGACUCGGAGUGUGGACGCUGGGGAUUGUGACUAGGUGGAUAAUCGGACCCCUUUUGGAGAAUAUCUGAUGCUACAUCUCCAUAUGAGUGCAUAGGGAUCGUAGGACCUCUCCCAUUCAGAAGGUUGGGGCUCGCCCAAUUGUACAGAGACCCUGACCUGGGGAAAAAUCCAGAUGAAGAUGGAAUCAUUUAUUUUCUGCAGGGCUGUCCUCAUCUUCCUCACGCUUCCCUCUGUCCAGUGCACAGAGAGUCAGCCCCAGAGUGCAGUGUUCCUUCCAGAGUUCGCCCUCUCACCUCAGGGCAGUUUCAUGGAGGAUGCUACAGAGGAUCAGUUUCUAACCUACAGAUAUGACGACCAGGCAUCAAGAAUGACCCGCUCAGAUGAAGACAGGGACAUUGGGUGGGAUGCCUGGGGCCCCUGGAGUGACUGCUCUCGAACCUGUGGGGGAGGAGCCUCCUACUCUCUGCGCCGUUGCCUCAAUGGAGGAAGCUGUGAUGGCAAAAACAUCCGCUACAGAACUUGCAGCAACAUGGACUGCCCUGCAGAGUCAGGUGAUUUCCGGGCCCAGCAGUGUUCAGCCCACAAUGAUAUCAAGUACCAGGGUGUCACCUAUGAGUGGGUCCCAGCACCUUACGACCCCUCCGCACCCUGUGCCCUGCAGUGCCAGGCUAAAGGAAGAAGCUUCACUGUUGAACUUGCCCCAAAGGUGCUAGAUGGGACACGAUGCCGGGCAGAUGCUUUUGACAUGUGCAUCAGUGGAGUGUGUCAGGAGGUGGGCUGUGAUCGGCAGCUGGCCAGCGGUGCCAGAGAGGAUAACUGUGGCGUUUGUGGCGGCGAUGGCUCAACAUGCCGGCUGGUACGAGGACAGGCUCUACCCCACCUGACACCAGAACAAUCUCUGAAGACAAUUCUGGAGGUGCCAGCGGGAAGCCGCUUUCUCAGACUCAAUGCCAAAGGACCUGAUAUGAUAACCAUCGAAGCCAUCUCUCUUCAGGGAAGGAAGGAGGAGACCAAUCUGGUGUCUACAGGCUCCUACGUGAUAGGAAACACCUCCUUGGACUUUCAAAGAGGGACAGACAGGCAGACACUCAGGACAUAUGGCCCACUCAUCGCUGAUUACAUUAUCAAGAUGAUGUAUGGAGGUCCCAAGGAUACAGUUGUCCAGUUUCUAUUCUACCAGCCAAUCAGAUACCAGUGGAAAGAGACUGACUUCUUCCCCUGCUCUGUUACCUGUGGAGGAGGCUAUCAGCUGAACUCUGCAGAAUGCACAGACAUCCGAUCCAACCAGACCCUACCUGAGCACCAUUGUAACAGCUAUCCUGAAAACACCAAACCCACACCAAAGCUCAAAGAGUGUAACAUGGACCCCUGCAAAGACGGUGAUGGAUUCAAAGAGGUGAUGCCAUAUGAUCACUUCCAACCUCUGCCUCGCUGGGAGCAGGGCCCCUGGACCCAGUGCUCAGUGUCCUGUGGUGGUGGCUGGCAGGAUCGCAGCAUGCUGUGUGUGGAGGAGGACACCCACGGACAGUUCUCCCAAGUGGAGAAGUGGAAGUGCGCCCACUCCCCUCGACCUGAUACCCGACAGAUUUGCAACACCUUCGCCUGCCCCCAGUGGGUGGCAAUGGAAUGGUCUCAGUGCACAGUGACGUGUGGCCGUGGCCUGCGUUACAGGGUGGUUCUUUGCGUCGACCAUCGUGGGCAGCACAUUGGAGGCUGUGAAGCAUCACUCAAACCUCAUGUUAAAGAAGACUGUCUGGUCCCUAUUGCCUGCCACAAGCCCAGAGAAUCCCUGCCAGUUGAGGCGAAGGCGCCGUGGUUAAAACAAGCCCAUGAACUGGAGGAGCACCAUACUGCUACACAGGACCCCACUUUCCAUGUGCUCGGGUACAAACCUCUAGCCUGCUCCUGUUUCCAGUCACGCUCGGCUCUUUCCUCGUUGCCAGUGAUCUUCGGAACCAUCGCACCUGCUCUGCUCGCCAAUCUCUUCGAAUCCCCACUCCCGUUACCCGCUCAUCUACUUCUCAAACAAUAACCUCCCAUCUCACGGAUCUCUGAUGAACUCUAUCACAACCCAUUAAAAUAAAAUUCUUUGUUACACAACUGCUGUCUUUGAGAGUGUGUUC